AUGAUCGAACUCGGCCUCUCUCGCAUCUCUCGUCUCGUCCAGCAGUCGACCUUUUCCUGGAAAGCUAUCCAUGUCGCUGGCACCAAUGGCAAGGGUUCCAUCACCUCCUACGUCUCUGGUUUGCUGGCUGCUGCGGGGGUGAGCUGCGGUCGGUUUACCUCCCCUCAUUUGAUUGACCGCUGGGACUGCAUCACCAUAAACGAGAAGGUGGUGGAGGAGUCCCUUUUCCGGCAAGUCGAAGAGCAAGUCAAAAAGCGAGAUCAGUCCCUGGGCCUGGGUGCAUCCGAGUUUGAGCUUCUUACUGCAACCGCCUUUGAGAUUUUCCACCAGCAGCAUGUUGAGGUGGGCGUCGUCGAGGUGGGCAUGGGAGGCCGCUUGGAUGCCACAAACAUCCUUACAAAUGUUCUUGUUUCCGUGAUUGCCAAGAUUGGCCGUGACCACGAAACAUUUCUCGGCAAUUCGAUUCAAGCAAUUGCAAACGAAAAGGCGGGCAUUCUCAAGAGCGGUGUCCCCUGUGUCAUUGACGGAACCAAUGAGCCUCAAGUGCUCCAAGUGCUCCAGGCUCGAAUUCAAGAUCUGGGAAUCGAUGCCACUACGGCGUCCUCUGACGUGGCAACUCAAAAGUUCCCCAAUUUAGCCUCAUUAUUUCGGGACCUUGACCUGGAGCCCCAUCAGAAGACAAACAUUGCCUGUGCGACACUAGCAUUACAAAAGGCUGCUGAGCACAUCCAACUAAAGAGAAGUGUGGACGAGCUGGUACCAGUGCUAUCAGAGAUACAGUGGCCGGGCCGUUUACAAUUCCUUAGUCUUGAGCCACUCGUAUCUCGAACGAAUCCGAUCCUCCUUGACGGAGCACACAAUGGUCAGUCAUCAGGCGUUCUUGGCCAGUUUGUCGACCGGAAAUUGCGCCAGAACGACCAAUGCGUCACCUGGGUCAUCUCUAUCUCCCACGGCAAGCUUUGGCCCGAGAUUUUGGAACCUUUGAUCCGCCCUGGUGACAGCGUCGCAGUUGUUGCGUUUGGGCCGGUCGAAGGCAUGCCAUGGGUGAAAGCCACCGACACAGACUCUCUAGCUUCCGAGAUCAGGACGAUGCCAGGCGUUUCCAGCGUUGAAUCUUUUGGCUCAGAUAUCCCUGGUGCAAUAACCUGGGCAUCCGGAUCUGCCAAUGAAGGGCCCCUGGUGAUUGCGGGCAGCUUGUACCUGGUCUCUGACAUUUUUCGGCUCCUCCGUGGGAAGCAGCAGACGAAUAGCACAGUAACUAUAGAUCGACGCAAUGUAGAGUAA